GUUGGCGUGGACCUGGGCUCCCAAGCCAAGUUCAGGGCUCCUGACCUGCAGGCGGCCUCUACGGUUUGGGGAAGAAAUUUGUGUGUAAGGUCGGCAAGUCCACCCGAUCCCCAGCUCCCUGACACACGCUGGCUACUCUAGCACACAUGGCAACAGUGGAGUUCGGUUUAUGCCUUUCGAACUGUGCUUCUUGUACUUUGGGAGCGCUGGGGGUGACAAAGACAAAGCCAUGUGCCUACAGCCGUCUGGGCCACUGCUGUGAACCACACUCGGCAAAGUGAGCCAGGACAGCAACCGUCCUCACAGCCCUCACCUGGGCGGCCGCUGAUUCCGCACCAGACAGGGCCUUCCAGCAUCAGCGCACCGGCCACGGUCCCCCCGACAGUCACCCCUCAUUCCCACGUGAGGCAGCUCGGUGAUACGAGGCUCCACGGGAUGGCUUUCUCUGAUGCAUGUGGUCUCCUCGCCCCCCAUUCCAGCACGGAGCCCCUGGCCACGCCAGGUGAAAGGACAUCUUCCAGGCCAGGGCAAGAACCGGGUUUUCUGACUCCCCACAGACCAGGAGUCUCAGGGCAUCAGGCUGGAUGCUGUUCUGACAUCCAGGUCACAACGGGCUGGUGGCUGCAGCCUACCUACAGAGGAUGGGGGUGAGCACGGCCGUCUUUGAGAGACGCCAUGUGAUCGGGGGCGCAGCUGUCACGGAGGAGAUCAUUCCAGGGUUCAAGUUCUCCCGAGCCUCCUACCUCCUCAGCCUGCUGAGACCACAGAUCUACACUGACCUGGAGCUGAAGAAACAUGGGCUGAGAGUUCAUCUGCGAAACCCCCACUCCUUCACCCCCAUGCUGGAAGAAGGCACGGGGAGCAAGGCGCCCAGGUCCCUACUUUUGGGCACAGACAUGGCGGAAAACCAGAGGCAGAUUGCCCAAUUCUCGCAGAAGGACGCCCAGGCUUUUCCCAAAUACGAGGCCUUCAUGAAUCGCUUGGCAUCAGCCAUCGACCCUCUACUGGACGCAGCGCCCGUGGACAUGGAGGCCUUCCGGCGGGGCUCCCUGCUGCAGAGGCUCCGGGCGCUCUCCACCCUCGCACCCCUGCUGCAGGCAGGCCGCAUCCUGGGGGCCCAGCUGCCCCAGUAUUACCAGGUCCUCACAGCUCCCAUUACCAAGGUGCUGGAUCAGUGGUUUGAGUCCGAGCCUCUAAAAGCUACUCUAGCAACGGAUGCUGUGAUUGGAGCCAUGACAAGUCCCCACACUCCAGGGAGUGGGUAUGUGCUGCUGCACCACGUGAUGGGGGGCCUGGAGGGGAUGCAGGGCGCCUGGGGCUACGUCCAGGGAGGCAUGGGUGCCCUCUCGGAAGCCAUCGCAAGCUCAGCCACCGCGCACGGAGCAAGUAUCUUCACUGGGAAGACGGUGGCUCAGGUGCAGGUGAGCAGCGGAGGACGCGUGCGAGGAGUGGUGCUGCAGGACGGCUCCGAGGUGAGGAGCAAAGUGGUGCUGUCCAACGCGGCGCCCCAGACCACCUUCCUGAAGCUGACGCCACAGGAAUGGCUUCCCGAAGAGUUCACACAGAGGAUCUCUCAGCUGGACAUCCGGUCGCCUGUCACCAAGAUCAAUGUGGCUGUCAAUCGGCUGCCUGACUUCCUGGCGGCCCCCAACGCUCCCAGGGGCCAGCCGCUGCCCCAUCACCAGUGCUCCAUCCACCUGAACUGUGAAGACACCCACCUGCUCCACCAGGCCUUUGAGGAUGCCAUGGAUGGCCGGCCCUCCCGCAGGCCUUUGAUUGAGCUCUGCAUCCCUUCCUCCCUGGACCCCACGCUGGCUCCCCCCGGCUGUCACGUCAUCUCCCUCUUCACUCAGUACACUCCCUACACCCUGGCCGGAGGCAAAGUCUGGGAUGAGCAGGAGAGAAACGCUUAUGCCGACAAAGUGUUCAACUGCAUCGAGGCCUACGCCCCCGGCUUUAAGGGAUCCGUGCUGGGCAGGGACAUCCUCACUCCACCCGACUUGGAGAGAAUCUUCGGGCUUCCUGGAGGGAACAUAUUCCACGGCGCCAUGGCCCUGGACCAGCUCUACUUCGCCCGCCCCACGCCCCUGCACGCCGGCCACCGCUGCCCGCUCCCGGGCCUCUACCUCUGCGGAAGUGGGGCCCACCCUGGAGGAGGGGUCAUGGGAGCCGCUGGUCGCAAUGCAGCCCACGUGGUCUUGGAGGACCUCAAGAGUCUGUGACCCUGACCCGGGAAGAACUGCCCUUGAGCUUGGAGGUCCCCACGGGGCCAUCUGUCAGGCUAUGGCUGAGGCAGACCAGUACUCAAGGCUCAGCGACUAUUUUAGAAAAACACCUGCAAGUUACAUUUGGCCCUGGCCAGCCUAGUGCCCAGGGCUCAUGAUGAACGGCUUUUGUUUUAUUAAAAACAGUUAUUUGUACAGUCUGCAUUUUUCUAUAUAUU